AACAAAAUUCCCCUUUCUUCAUGCAAAAACCCAUUUCACUCUCCCACCAUCUCACUCUCUCUCUCUCUCUCUCUGGUCAUCAGAGUCUCGGAAGAGAGUGAAAGCGACAGCGGAAGAGGAAAACGGCGCCGUUUGCGAGGGGUUUUCAGGGCUUAUUCUAGGAUUUUGGAGUUGAACCCCCGGUUUCAGAGUACGGAGGAAUCGAAAAAUUGUGGUUCCAGUUAGGGUUUUUUUUUCCGGCCUGCAUCGUAGCUCCAAGUACGAUCAGACCCGAAGACUCUGUUUCUUAAAGGAAAUGGAGGAGGUCUCGACCUCGAAUAUUUUGGAUGGGGAGAUCGUUGGAAUCAAAUUUGGUUUAGCAACUCAUCAAGAAAUUUGUACAGCAUCUAUUAGCGAUUGCUCUAUCAGCCAUGCAAGCCAGCUUUCCAACCCAUUCCUUGGCCUGCCCCUUGAGUUUGGAAAGUGUGAAUCUUGUGGCACUUCCGAACCUGGGAAAUGUGAAGGUCAUUUUGGGUAUAUUGAGUUACCAGUACCAAUAUUUCAUCCCAAUCAUGUUAGCGAAUUGAAGCGGAUGCUGAGCUUAUUGUGCUUGAAAUGCUUGAAAAUGAAAAAGAACAAGUUUCCAACCAAGAAUGCUGGCUUAGCAGAAAGAAUGUUAGCUUCAUGUUGUGAGGAUGCUGCACAAGUGUGUAUUGGAGAGACUAAACCAACAGAUAGCUCUUGUUCCUUGCAAUUGAAGCGACCUUCUAAAUCAAGAACACCACCUGGUUUUUGGAAUUUCCUCGAACGAUAUGGUUUUCGUUAUGGCGAUGAUCAUAUACGUACUUUGCUUCCUUGUGAGGUGAUGGAGAUGCUAAAGCGUAUCCCUCAAGACACCAGGAAGAAACUUAAUGCAAGAGGGUAUUUUCCUCAAGAUGGAUACAUCUUGCGUCAUAUACCUGUCCCUCCAAACUGUUUAUCUGUUCCUGAAAUUUCGGAUGGUGUUAGUGUUAUGUCUGCAGAUCCUUCAAUUUCAAUGCUCAGAAAAGUUCUAAAGCAAAUUGAAGUCAUAAGAAGUUCAAGGUCAGGCAUCCCAAACUUUGAAUCACAAAUUGUUGAAGCUAAUGAACUUCAAGCCAUAGUGGAUCAGUAUCUUCAAGUUAGGGGUACUGGGAAGGCAUCACGGGAUAUAGAUGCAAGGUUUGGGGUAAACAAGGAGCUGAAUGCCUCUUCCACUAAAGCAUGGCUUGAAAAAAUGAGAACACUGUUCAUUAGAAAGGGUUCAGGAUUCUCUUCUCGCUCAGUAAUCACUGGGGAUGCCUUUAGAAGGGUAAAUGAAGUUGGCAUCCCCUAUGAAAUUGCUCAAAGAAUCACCUUCGAGGAGAGGGUUAAUGAUCAUAACAUUAGGUACUUACAACAGUUGGUAGAUAGCAAGUUGUGCCUAACCUAUAGGGAUGGAUCAUCAACUUACUCACUUAGGGAAGGUUCAAAGGGGCACACUUUUUUGAGGCCUGGUCAAGUGGUGCAUCGGAGGAUUAUGGAUGGGGACCUUGUAUUUGUAAACAGGCCCCCAACUACCCAUAAACAUUCCCUACAAGCACUACAAGUGUAUGUGCAUGAUGACCAUGUGGUGAAAAUAAAUCCUUUGAUAUGUGGGCCACUAAGUGCUGACUUUGAUGGUGAUUGCAUCCAUUUGUUCUAUCCGCAAUCACUUGCUGCAAAAGCAGAAGUUUUGGAGCUUUUUUCAGUGGAGAAGCAGCUGCUUAGCUCUCAUAGUGGAAAACCAAAUCUGCAAAUGGCCACUGAUUCACUAUUGUCAUUGAGGAUGAUGUUUAAGAACUUUUUUUUGGAUAAAUCAGCAGCUCAGCAACUGGCCAUGUUUGCUUCAUCUUUGUUGCCACGACCUGCAUUAUUGAAAGCAAAUGCUGCUUGCUCAUAUUGGACUGCUUUGCAGAUAUUACAGACUGCAUUGCCUCUUGACUUUGACUACUGUGGGGAAAAGUACUUAGUCAAUAAAAGUGAGAUACUGAAAAUUGAGUUCAGUACAAGUGCAGUUUCAGCGGUGAUGAAUGACAUUGCUACUUCAGUUUUUUUUGAGAAAGGGGGCGAGGAUGUCCUUAAAUUCUUUGAUUCUCUACAGCCCUUGCUGAUGGAGAAUAUAUUUUCAGAAGGGUUCAGUGUUGGCUUGGAGGAUUUUUACAUGUCAAAGACAUCCAUACAAGAUAUUAAGGAGAAUAUUCAGGGUACUUCAGAUUUGUUGUAUCAUCUGAGGUCAACCUACAAUGAAUUUGUAGAGUUUCAGCUAGAGAGUCGAAUCAAAAGCUUGAAAGUACCAGUUUCAAAUUUUAUCUUGGAGUCAUCUGCAUUCGGUGAUUUAAUCGACACCAAGAGUGAUUCGGCAAUCAACAAAGUUGUGCAACAAAUUGGGUUCCUAGGCCUACAACUCUCUGAUAAGGGAAGAUUCUACUCAAAGACAUUGGUUGAGGAUGUGGCCUCUCUCUGUCACAACAAAUAUUCUUUUAACUCGGAGUAUCCCUCUGCAGAAUAUGGCCUAGUUCAAAGUUGUUUCUUCCAUGGGUUAGAUCCAUACGAGGAAAUAGUUCACUCCAUUGCUACACGAGAGGUGAUUGUUCGGUCCUCAAGAGGAUUGACUGAACCUGGGACCUUAUUUAAAAAUUUAAUGGCCAUUCUUCGUGAUGUGGUUAUUUGCUAUGAUGGCACAGUCAGAAAUGUUUGUAGCAAUUCAGUUAUCCAAUUUGAGUAUGGAGUCAAUGCUGGAUCUAGGCCCCCGAAUCUUUUCCCUGCUGGUGAACCUGUUGGCGUGUUAGCUGCCACUGCAAUGUCAAAUCCUGCGUACAAGGCAGUUCUUGAUUCUACCCCAAGCAGCAACUCUUCAUGGGAGCUGAUGAAGGAAAUUCUACUUUGCAAAGUAAAUUUUAAGAAUGAGCUCAUUGAUCGCCGUGUAAUUUUGUACUUGAAUAACUGUGGUUGUGGAAGAAAGUACUGCCGAGAACGUGCAGCAUGUUUGGUUAAGAAUCAGUUGAAGAAAGUCAGUCUUAAAGAUACUGCAGUCGAAUUCAUGAUUGAAUAUAGCAAUCAGCUUUCUAGUUUGGGAAGUAUGGUAAAUGAUGCAGGCCUAGUUGGCCAUAUUCAUCUCAAUGAGGAGCUGUUACGGGAGUUAAAUGUUGGUGUAGACGAGAUUCAACAAAAAUGCCAAGAAACUGUUAAUUCAUUUCGGAGGAAGAGAGUUGGGAAGAAGAAGUUCAACAUUGGCUAUCUUUUCAAAAAUACAGUUUUGUUUGCCAGUGAGCAUUGCUCUUUUCAUCAUUCCUGUGCAGACAAAGGAUCUGACUCCCCGUGCUUGAUGUUCUUCCUUCAAGCUACUGAAGAGUUGGAAACCACUUCGCAAUACUAUGCUGAUUUGAUUUGCCCUGUGCUUUUAGAAACAAUAAUAAAAGGUGACCCACGGAUUACCUCAGCAAAUAUAAUUUGGAUUGAUCCCGAUACAACAACUUGGAUUAGAAGUCCAAAUAAUUCUCAAAAGGGUGAAUGGGCCUUGGAUGUUGUUCUGGAGAGAUCUGUUGUCAAGCAAAGCGGUGAUGCAUGGAGAAUCGUUCUCGAUUCUUGCCUCCCUGUGCUUCACCUAAUUGACACCAGGCGUUCCAUCCCGUAUGCUAUCAAACAGAUUCAAGAACUAUUGGGAGUGUCUUGUGCUUUUGAUCAAGCAGUUCAGCGCCUCGCGACAGCUGUUACAAUGGUGGCAAAAGGUGUCCUGAAAGAGCAUCUUAUCCUCCUGGCGAAUAGCAUGACAUGUGCUGGAAAUUUUGUUGGCUUCAAUUCUAGUGGAUAUAAAGCACUAUCUCGAGCAUUGAAUAUUCAAGUACCAUUUACAGAAGCAACACUUUUUACACCAAGAAGGUGCUUUGAGAGAGCAGCUGAAAAGUGCCACAUGGAUUCUUUGUCAAGCAUAGUUGCAUCAUGUUCAUGGGGUAAACAUGUUGCUGUUGGUACUGGCUCCAGGUUUGAUAUCCUCUGGGACACAAGAGAGGGAGGAUUGAAUCAAGAGGGUGGACUAGAUGUUUUCAACUUUCUGCAUAUGGUGAGCACAGCAAAUGGAGAAGAAGCAACUACAGGAGCACUGGGGGCAGAAGUUGAUGAUCUUAUGGUGGUAGAUGAAUUAGCAGAUUCCUGCUUGUCGCCAGAACUUGACUCUGGUUUAGAUAAGCCCGUCUUUGAAGAUAUUAUAGAAUUUGAGGAAUCAGAAACUCUUCCUGGAAAGUCAAGUUGGGAAAAAGAUUCCUCUGUAUGGGGGACAAAUCGUACAAGAGAAGAUGCCACAUCAUCGUGGGAUAAAAAUGAUACAUCAUCGUGGGAUAAAACUCCAGCCAAAGAACCUGCCACAUCUACAUGGGGGAUAGGCAAGGCAGCAGAAGUUACUACUCCUGCAUGGAGGGCAAAUACUGCUGGAGAAGCUUCCACAUCUGCCUGGGGGGAAACUGGAGAGCCUACCACUUCUGCCUGGGGGGCAAGUAAGGGAGGUGAAAAUGAUUGGAGUGGUAGAGUGGCAGAGAAAGUUGCACCAAUAGACCUCCAGCCGACAAUAAAAGCCGUAGAUGAAAAGGACAAUGGAUGGGGUGCUGUUUCUCCUAGGGAAACAGAAACAGGGAAUGACAAUGCUUGGUCUAGUGGGCAACAGAAAAAGUCUUCUGAAAUUUCGACCAGUUCUUGGGGGCAGAAAAAUCCUCCUGAGACAGAAACUCAACCUUGGGGUGCUGUUUCUUCUGGGGAAACAGAAACAGGGAAUGACAAUGCUUGGUCCAGUGGGCAACAGAAAAAAUCUUCUGAAAUUUCUACCAGUUCUUGGGGGCAGAAAAAUGCUUGGUCUAGUGGGCAACAGAAAAAGUCUUCUGAAAUUUCGACCAGUUCUUGGGGGCAGAAAAAUCCUCCUGAGACAGAAACUCAACCUUGGGGUGCUGUUUCUUCUGGGGAAACAGAAACAGGGAAUGCCAAUGCUUGGUCUAGUGGGCAGCAGAAAAAGUCUUCUGAAAUUUCGACCAGUUCUUGGGGGCAGAAAAAUCCUCCUGAGACAGAAACUCAACCUUGGGGUGCUGUUUCUUAUGGGGAAACAGAAACAGGGAAUGACAAGGCUUGGUCUAGUGGGCAACAGAAAAAGUCUUCUGAAAUUUCGACCAGUUCUUGGGGGCAGAAAAAUCCUCCUGUGAUAGAAACUCAACCUUGGGGUGCUGUUUCAUCUGGGGAAACAGAAUCAGGGAAUGACAAUGCUUGGUCUAGUGGGCAACAGAAAAAAUCUUCCGAAAUUUCUACCAGUUCUUGGGGGCAGAAAAAUCCUCCUGAGACAGAAACUCAACCUGCGAGCUUGUCUGGGUGGGAUUCACCUAGUGGAGAUGGUAAUACUGGUGAAAGACAUCACCAAUGGGGGCAGAACAAGAAAAGUCGUUUUGAAGGUUCAAAGAGUUGGGUUUCUAGUCCCGGGGAGUGGAAGAAUAAGAACCGUCCUGCCAAACCACCUGGUAUGGUGAAUGAUAACUCUAGUGUGGUUGGACUCUAUACUGCAACAAGACAAAGAUUGGAUAUGUUCCCUAGCGAGGAGCAAGACGUUCUUUCUAAAAUUGAACCUGUUAUGCGCUCUAUCCGAAGAAUAAUGCAUCAAUCUGGGUACAAUGAUGGGGAUCCACUGUCAGCUGACGACCAGUCAUUUAUACUUGAUAAUGUUCUCAAUUACCACCCGGAUAAAGCUGUUAAAAUGGGUUCUGGAAUUGGUCAUCUCACAGUUGAUAGGCACGGCAGUUUCCAGGACAGCAGAUGCUUUUUUGUUGUGACAACAGAUGGUCACAAGGAAGAUUUUUCAUAUCGAAAAUGCCUGGAGAAUUACAUUAAGGAAAAGUAUGCUGAUGUUGCGGAAACAUUCAUAGGCAAGUAUUUUACUAGGAGAGGAGGGAAUCGGGAGCGAAACCCCACUCCAAGUCAAUAUCCCAUUCCAGAACAGACUCCAUGUCAAACUCCCAUUGCAGAGCAAACUAUAAGUCAAACUCCCAUUGCAGAGCAAACUCUAAGUCAAACCCCCAUUUCAGAGCAAACUGGGAACGAGGAGACACAAUAGGGCAUGGCUAUUUCCGGGGCAUCGGUCGUUUUGAGAUUCUGAUGUAAUUAGAUUUGAACAUUCUGCCCCUCUACUUUUUGAUUUGUAUAUACUAGGCAGUCGUUAGCAGCUCCUGACAAAUCCAGCGUUUCGUUCGUUGAUUUAUGUUUAAUCUGAGAGCAUUGAUUAGUUAACUAGUUGGUAGCUGCUGGAUGCAGUUAACCUGAACCCUGAACUGGGAGAAAAGCAAGCUGCUUGCUUAUGUUGCAGUUGCAAAAAAAUCAAGUUUUAUAUAUGAAAUGCAGAAGUCUUGUCGAUGGCCUUCAAUGGCUUCCAUUGCUCAGUUUA